CUUAUUAUGAGAAAACCCUUGCAAUUAAUCAACAAUCACUUCCUUCUAAUCAUCCUAAUUUGGGAGAUUCCUAUAAUAACAUCGGCAAUGUAUAUUACAACAUGGGUGAUUAUCCAAAAGCACUUUCAUUUCAUGAAAAAGCCCUUGCAAUCAAGCAACAAUCACUUCCUUUCAAUCAUCCCGAUUUGGCUAUAUCCUAUAACAAUAUCGGUAAGAUGUAUGAGAACAUGGGUGAUUAUCCAAAAGCACUUUCAUCCCAUGCAGAAGCCCUUGCAAUCAAACAACAGUCACUUCGUUCCAAUUAUUCUGAUUUGGCGAUGUCCUAUAACAACAUUGGUUUGGCGUAUAAUAGCAUGGGUGAUUAUCCAAAAGCACUUUCAUCCCAUACAGAAGCCCUUGGAGUUCGAGAACAAUCACUUCCUUCCAAUUAUCCUGAUUUGGGUGCUUCCUAUAACAACAUAGGUCAGGUGUAUGAGAAUAUGAGCAACUAUGCAAAAGCGCAUUCAUUUUAUGAACGUGGUAUACAAAUUGGAGAGCAAUCAUUACCAAUAAGUCAUUCUGAUCUUAAAAUGUAUAGAGAAAACCUCGAAAACAUAAAAAAGAAAUUAUAG